AUGAACAUAGAAAUUCAAGGCAAGUCCUCGUUAUUUGCUGCAAUUCUAGGCCGCCAGAAAAAAGAAGUCCUAAAGAUAAUAUCCAAUAUGGAAGCAAAUAUUUUGAAUUCAAAAGAUGAGAAAGGGAGGACUCCACUACAUUGUGCAGCAUCAAUUGGUUAUCUAGAAGGAGUUCGCUUCUUAGGCAGACGUCUAGUGGAUUCUCAUCGAGAGGAUCAUUGUGGCAACUUUCCGAUACAUUUUGCAUCAAGCAAAGGUCACGUCCACAUUGUUAAGGAGUUGCUUCGAUAUUGUCCCGAUUCAAUGGAAUUGAGGAACUCAAGUGACCAAAAUAUACCCCAUGUUGCAGCAAGAAGUGGCGAGGACAAUCUUGUCAAAUAUUUUCUCAAGAAGGUCGAGUUUCAAAUGUUGAUAAACCAAAAAGACAACAGAGGAAAUACUCCUUUGCUGGCAAAGACGUACGAUCAUCCCAAGGUUGUGCACCUUUUCAUUUUGGAUACGAGGAUCAACUUAAAGGUCUUGAAUGAUAGGGGCAUGACAGCUCUUGGCAUUUCAGAAAGCACUUUGGAAACUAGUGCAUCAUAUCAUGGGGUGAUACCUGCUGUGAAAGAAGAACCAAAUGGCGUGAUCCAGUUAUAUUCCUCAGAGAAAAAUGCAAGAGACUUGAGCAGCCUACCUGAACUUGAUCAAAUUUUGGUUGAGCCAGGUAUGGAAACAAAAAGAACUACUGCCGCUGCUGUUCAAUUCAGCAGCACACAGCAAUAG